AUGUCAAAUCAAAGAAAAUGGUCAAACAACAAUUCAAAUUAUAAUAAAAAUAGUGGAGGAUACCAAUACAAUAGCGAUUCACCAUUUUCGUCAUAUUCAUCAACCUCUGCAUCACCAAUAAUGGGUAGAUCUAAUGAUAAUAUUAAUUCAAGUAUUGGUAAUAAUAAUAAUAAUAGUAGCAAGAUAAAUGUUGGAGGAGGCGGUGGCGGUGGUGGUGGUUCAAUUAGUACACCUCAAAUUGGAUCAUUUACACAAAAUUAUGAAUUAUUUUCAAUGAAUAAAGUAUUCUCAAUUAAUAGUGCUCAACAACAAAUUGAUAAUCAUUCACAACAAUCAUCACAAGAUAGAAAGAAUGAUACAAGUAAUCAAUUUAUUAAUAGUAGCAGCAAUAAUAUCAAUAACAGUAAUGGAUUAAAAAAAUCUACAUCUUCAUCAUCGAAAUCAUUAUCAGAUCAUUUUGUAUCAAGUCGUGACGAACAUCAUUUUAAUAAGUAUGGUGUUCUUCCACAAAAUUCACCAUAUUAUCAACAACAACAAUUGCAACAACAACAACAACCAACUUCAAUUCUAUUAUUAGCUCAAGGUGGUAGUGAUGAACAUACUUUUACUGCAAUGUAUUGUUCAAAUGAUUAUUUAAUAUUUAGAUAUGUUGGGCAAAGUAAAGUACCAUUUUAUAAAUGGUUAAAAUGGGAUAAAGAUCCAAGUAAAAAGAUAGUAUCAAUGAGUUUUGAUCCAACAGCAAUUUGGUUAUUAUGUUUAUUGAAUGAUACAUCAUGUAAAGUGAUUCCAAUUUAUUAUGAUAUGUGUAAAAAAGUUGGGUUUAUGGAUGAGAACAACAAGAGCAGUAAUAAUAAUAAGUUGAAUCAAGUACAACAACCACGUCCAUCAACAACAGAUAAAACUGAUCGUUUAUCCAAUUGGGUAUCAACAACCAGAUUAUUUAAAUCAUCAAAUGUAAAUAAAGAAAAAGAGACUAAUGGUUUUGUUAGUCAAUCAAAUUUAAAUAACUUGACAAAUGGUAAUAGUACGAGUGGUGGUGGUGGUGGUUAUGCACAUGGAUUAUCAAAAUUUAAAAUACCACAAUUAACAAAGAAAACAGCGAUGGGAUCAAAUUGUUUAUGGUGGAAAACUUCAAACUCUGUAGACUAUGCAAUUAUAACCACAACAAGUAAUAAUAUUUACUUUGUCAAUUUGGUUGAUAACUCUGUCUAUAAACAUAGAUUUGAACAUUCAAUUGAAAAGAUUGAAAUGGUACAAAGUGAUAGCGAAACUUUUUUAUUAAUUGCCACAAAAUCAAAUGGUUAUUUUCAAUUAUUAAUUGAACAAAAAAUUGAUCAUCAUCGUUAUGAAACUAUAAUUCAAUUAGGUAAUCAAUCACAAUCUAGUAAUAGUGGUAGUAGUAGUAUUGGUAGUGGUAAUAAUAGUGGUAGCAGUAGUAGUAUUGGUAGAAAUGGUCAUGAUUCUAAUCUAUUAUCAAGACCAUCAGAUUUUAAUAUUAAAACUUUAUUUCAAACUGAUAGAAUACCUUUUGAUAGAAUUUUAUUAGUGCAAAAAACAAAUAUAAAUAGUAAUAACAAUAAUAAUAACAAUGUAUCACCAUCAUCAUCAUCAACUUCGCCACAACCAAUUGGUAGUGGUAGUAUGUUAAUAAAUAAUAAUGUAUCACCAUCAAAUUAUAAUAAUUUUUAUAAUAAUAAUAAUAAUAAUAACUAUAGCUAUAGUAAUAAUAAUAAUAAUAAUAAUAAUAAUGAAAAUUUAGUUGUUUCAUUUUUAAAAUCUACAUCAAAACUUGAAAUUUAUGAACCACUUUAUUUAAACAAAUAUCCAUUAUUUGUUUAUCAAUUACCACCAAAUACAACCAAUUUCUUCUUUACAAAAUAUAUAACAAUUGUAUCAGAGAUUGUAACUACAUUGGCACCAGGCUCCAAUGAAGCAAUUCAAAGAUCAAAUAUAUCAGUAUUAUCAAAUUUAGUUGCAGGUACAGCAAGUAAUUCUAGAUAUAUAAAUAAUCAAUCAAUUAUGCAAACUUUUCAAUUGGCACCAGGUGAAGUUAUUUUAGGUAUUUCAAAAUCAUUAAAUAAUCAAACCAAUAAUAAUUUCACUAUCAAUAGUAAUAGUAGCUAUUAUCAAUCAAUGCUAUUACAACAACAGCAACAACAACAAUAUCAAUAUGGUGGUAUAGAUAAUAUUGAAGAGUCAAUGAAAUAUACUAAAUUACCAACUGUAUCAUUAUGGACUAAUUUUGCAAUUUAUGAAUUAAGACAAAAGAGAUCACCAGAAGAGAUAUUCUUUGAAUUGGUAUCAUGUAAUUUAGAAAAGAGUGAUGGUGAAGCAUUGGGUAAAACAUUUGGUAUGGAUUUAUUAAGUUGCUAUGAGACUGCAGCAGAUAUUAAAUUUGAUCAGGGUCAAUAUGGUAGAGCAUUGGAUCUUUAUUAUCUAUCGGGUGUUAGAACAAAUAAAUUGGUAUUUAAAUUCUUGGAGAUUGGUCGUAUGGAUAUCAUUAUGACUCAUUUGAAAGCAAUACUUCAUCAACCUGAUGCAUUCAAUGUAUUGGAUCGUAAAAAAAUCUCUGAUAUAUUAUUCCAAUGUUAUCUUCAAAAAUUAUUAACCUCAAGAAAGGAAUUCAAAUCAUUGGAUACAGAAUUUCAACAUUUUCUAUCAACCAAUCAAGAUUAUGAUGUUUUCAAUUCUCUAUCGUUAUUAUCAAAGAAUGGUUUAUUAGAUUAUUUCUUCUCUGUUGCACAUAGUAGAAAAAUAAUGCCAACUGCAUUACAAAUGUUGAUUCAAACUGAUAUAUUACAUUUAGAUUCUCAAAAUAUAUCAUUCCUCCAAUCAGCCUAUAGUUUAGAAUUAAAAAGUCAUAGUGGUGGUAUGAUAUUCGAUUGUUUACCACCAAAAUUACAAGUUAAAUUAAUCAUUGAUGAUCAAAAUUCAAUACCACGUUAUUUACGUAGAUUAUAUCAUAUAUUAAACCUUUUGGAAGAGAAAGAAUUACUAGAUAUUGCUGAAACUUUUGAUCCAUUAUUAUUUGCUCCACCUGGUCAAUUAAAUGCAAAACUAUCAAAAACUAAUCCAACAAUUUCACAACUUUAUCAAAUUAAACAACAACAACAAUUACAACAACAACAACAUUUAAAUAUUUAUAAUAUUAAUAAUAAUAAUAAUAACAAUAAUAAUAAUAAUAAUAAUAGCAAUUUAAAUAAUAAUAUCAAUUUAAAUAAUAAUAAUAAUAAUAAUAAUGAUAAUCAAAUUCAAUAUCCAAAUCAAAUUGAUGAUGAUUUUGGUGAAAAUAAUAGUAUACCAGGUAGACAAUCUGAAUCAAUUCCAAUUAGAGAUGAAGAAUAUUUUGAAUUUUAUAUUAUAACCUUACUCAAUUUAGUUUAUCAACGUCGUCAAAAACAUGGUCAUCAUCAUCAUAGUCAUCAUCAUGGUCAUCAUAAAUCUCAUCAUCAUCAUCAUCAUCAUCAUCAAAAUAAUAAAAUUGAAAAUGAACAAAAAGAUAUACCAGAUAAUGAAUCGGAUAUUUCAACAACAACAAAUACAACAACAAAUACAGAGGAUAGUGAAGAUGAUAAUAUUCAUUCUAAAUCAAUUAAAUUAAAACCAGAUCCAGAAUUAAUGAUUUGUCCAAUGCCACCAUUAAAGAAUGAAAAGAGAGCUAUUAAAGUAUCAUGUGGUUGGGAUCAUGUUGCAUUGAUUAGUGAAUCGGGUGAACUUUUUACUUGGGGUAAAAAUCAAUCGGGUCAAUUGGGUCAUGGUUUAGAUAUUGGUAAGAUUCAAACCACACCAAAACGUUUAGAAUUCUUUCGUGGUAAAUCACCAAUUAUAAUGGUUGAAUGUGGUGGUGAACAUAGCAUUUGUGUCGAUUCGGAUUAUGUAGUUUACAGUUGGGGCCAAGAUAAAUUUGGUCAAUUAGGUCAUGGUACUAAAUCUGUCUCUCAAAAUAGACCAAAGAUCAUUGAAGAUAUAUCAGGUCAAAAGAUACAAGCUAUAGCUGCAGGUUUCGCUCAUACAAUCGUCUUAAAGAAAUCUGGUGAACUUUAUUCAUUUGGCUAUGGUGAUCAAGGUCAAUUGGGUCAUGGCUCAUUCGUUAGUAAAAGUAUACCAACUCGUAUCGAAUUGAAUACUAUAGUUGGUAUUCAACAUGGUGGUGGUAAGAUAACUCAAAUUGCAUGUGGUUUUGGUCAUUCCGUUAUUUGUAGUGAUAAUGGUGAAGUCUAUAGUUGGGGUUUAGGUAAACAAGGUCAAUUGGGUCAUGGAAAUUAUGAAAGUAUUGCAAGACCACGUCUAAUUGAAGCUUUGAAAGGUGUAACUAAAAUAUCUUGUGGUCAUUUCUAUACUAUGGCAACAACCGAUUUGAAAAAUGUCUAUAGUUGGGGUUUAGGUGAACAUAUGAAACUUGGUCAUGGUUCCGAUAAAAAUGAAGCAACUCCACGUGUUGUUGACUUUUUCAUUCAAAAGAAUGUUAGCAAAAUAGUUUGUGGUUUAAAUCAUACUAUCACUUUAACCUAUCCUGGUGAUCUCAAUAAUAAUUCAUUAAGUAAUGAUGACGAUGUUAACGAUUUUAUUGACCUUGCUCCUUCAACUUCAAAUUCAUCAUCAUCAUCAUCUUUAACAAAUGAUAAUAAUAAUGGUCGUAGUGGUAGAUUAGGUUUAAAUGAAAAUUCUCAAGUAUCACCAAUUUAUGCUUGUGGUGCAGGUGAACAUGGUAAGUUAGGAUUAGGUGGUGAUUUGAAAUCACCAUUCUUUGAUAAACCAAUUCCAACUGCAAUUAAAGGUGUAAAUGCAUUGAAUUUAAUUGAUAUAAGUUGUGGUACUGAUUUCACAGCUAUGAUCACUUCGAAUGGUGCACUUUACGUUUGGGGUUAUGGUAAUUUCGGUCAAAUUGGAAAUGGAAAAACUGAUGAUGCUUGGGUACCAAUUAGAAUUCCACUAACUGAUUCAAAAGCCAACCAAAGUUCUUUACAAUCUGAUAAUAAGAAACAACGUUAUUCUCAAGAGGGUCUUGAAGACAUUCUUAGAUCUAAUGUUCAUUCCUAUCGUCCUUUCCAUAUCCUAAAUAAAGCUAAACAAUUUGAAAAUUAUGACAUAGCAGCUGUAAUCUAUGACAUAUUGGGUGACCCAAUUUCAACAUUAGAAUAUAGACUACUAUCAUUGGAGAAAAAGAAUUUUGAAAAGGAUAAAGAAUUAUUUGUAUUAUUUAGUUUACUUUCAAAUUAUUUCAUAAAGGAUUAUGAAUACAUUCAUAAACAAAGACAAUUACAAUUACAACAAUUACCUUUAUCCAUUUCUUCUUCAACUACAACUUCAAAUUCAAAUUCAAAUAUUUCAACUCCUUCAAAUGGCACAACUCCACCAACAACUCCACCUUUAAAUUCACCAAAAACUAUUCAAAAAUUAUCUUCUUCUGAAAAUUUAGAUCAAUUGCAAUCAAGUAAUAAUAUUAUUAAUAAUAAUAGUAAUAAUAAUUCAACAACAAAUAAUAAUAAUAAUAAUAAUAAUAAUAAUAAUAAUAAUAAUAAUAAUAAUAAUAAUAAUAAUAAUAAUAAUAAUAACAAUUCAACAAAUACUAAUAAUAAUCAAAACAAAGAAGAAGAAAGAUUAUUAAAAUAUAAUUUAAUUUCAAUGAUUUUUAAUUAUUUUAAGAAAAAGAAUUUACCAAUUAAUGAAUUAGAAAACUUUUUAAUUACAAAUAUAGAUUACUUUUCAGAGUUACUCUCAAAUGUCAUUCAAAUUAAUUUUAAUUCUGAUUUACCUUUAAUUUUACAUUUUUCACCAAUAUUUUAUAUUUCAACUUUAAAAAAUUAUUUACAAUCUUUGAAAAAUCAAUCUGAACUUGAAAAGAAAUCACAAAAAGUAUCAGAUAAAAUUUUAUGGCAAAAUAUUAAUGAAAAUUUAGAAAAGAAUUUAUUACAAAGAAGUAAAAUUGAAAUACCAACAUUAAAUCAAGAUAUUUAUUCAAGUUUUACAGCGUCAAAGAAUAUUCCAUUAAUUGGUGAAAAGGAUAUUGCUUUCACAUGUAAUCACUUUUUUAGUAAAAGAAAUUUCUUUGGUUCAACAUUACCAGAUUUUCAAUCUGAACUCCAAAAACUAUCAAUUCCAUCUUCUCAAACAUUGCAUUAUAUAACUCAAGAAUUUAAUAAGAAGUCAAUAUCACAAUCUUGUCCAGUUUGUUUAUUCAAUUCAAUUAGAGAUAUUCAUAAUUAUGAUGAAACUAAAAAAGAUAUUUUAAAAUUAUUUAAGUUGUCUUGA